CAACUUUCCUUUCCCCACACAAGGCCAUGGAUGACAUUCGCAUUAACUUCCUCUGGUGCACUUGGAAUAAACUCAACAGCUCUCAUCUGUAACUUUAAAACUACUGGUUCUUGUAUAAAAAUGCAACUCCUGGAACCCUUUAUUUUUUUGUCCACAACCCUCAUGGCUGCUCAUAAGACAACUCUCUGCCUCGUCCUACUAGCUGCUUGCCUGGCAGCAGCUACCGGCGGCAAGCUUUCACCGGAGUACUACUCGAGCACCUGCCCUGGGGCACCGGCCAUAGUCCAAGCUGGUGUCGUGGCAGCUUUGAAGAACGAAACCCGGAUGGGAGCAUCUCUCCUUCGUCUGCAUUUCCAUGACUGCUUUGUCAACGGUUGUGAUGCAUCGAUUCUGCUGGACGAUAACGCGACGUUCGUUGGUGAGAAAACUGCAUCUCCUAAUAACAAGUCUAUAAGAGGGUAUGAAGUGAUUGACAAGAUCAAGGGCCAAGUCGAGAAAGAGUGCCCUGGGGUUGUGUCAUGCGCUGAUAUACUUGCCUUGGCAGCCAGAGACUCUGUUGUCUACCUGGGAGGGCCGUCAUGGGAAGUUAGCUUGGGAAGAAGGGAUUCCCUCAAUGCAAGCAAAGAAGCUGCCGAAGUGUCCCUUCCUGAACCAACCUUCAAUCUAAGUGAUCUAGCCGUUAACUUUUGGGCACAGGGCCUUUCUUUCAGGGACAUGGUUGCGCUUUCAGGUGCACACACAAUAGGAAUGGCGAGAUGCACAACGUUUCGAGACCACAUCUACAAUGAUUCCGACAUCGAACCUUCCUUCGCAAGGUCGCUGCAGCAGUUUUGUCCUCCCAGGGGACACGACGAUGUGCUUGCUCCUCUCGAUCUCCGAACUCCGGCCCAAUUUGACAAUUCCUACUACGUCAACUUGGUGAACUACAAGGGCCUCCUUCACUCGGAUCAGGAGCUCUUCCAUGGCGAUUCAGCGGAUCGUUCACUAGCGAGAACCUUGUACGAAAGCGAUCGACCUUCAGGAGGGUUCUUGAAUGGUGAUGAUGGCUUGGAAGAAAUGGGUGGUGGCACAAUCAAGCCCUUCAUGGAUAACCCUGCAGCAGCCAUUGUAAGAAACUACGCGGACGAGCCUGCGGUGUUCUUGGAUGAUUUCGCUAAGGGUAUGAUCAAAAUGGGCGAGAUCAAGCCCCUCACUGGAAGUGCAGGAGAGAUCCGGAAAUUUUGUGGUAAAGUCAAUUGA